AUUCGCCCCCGAACCGCACCAGCAAGACACCCGCUGCCGUCAAUCAAAAUGGCGCACCUUAACGUCAAGCCGGACCCGGCUUACCUGAAGUAUCAGGCUAUGAUGAAGACCCGUCACCACUACUUCCGAUGGACUCCCCGAACCGCCAAGAUCACCUUCAUCUACGUCGGUGUGAUUCCCGCCAUCAUGGGCUACAUUGCCUACAAGACCGACGGACUUUGGGAUUUCCGAGCGAAGCGAAAGGGCGACCUCGUCUACGAGAAAUAAGUUCACUUGAUGCCGGAGAUGUGGGAAUUGUACAUAUAAAGCGUCCAGCUUGGGAUAGAACCCAUGGUAGGAAUUCAAUGGAACGAAGAGGUCAAGACG